AUGACGAUUCAGACGAGCAAACGGCACAAACAACAACAACUUAAACAACAAAGGAGUCAAACAAACACGAAUAAUUCAUCCUCCGUGGCUUUAACGACGACGACGUUAAAAAAUCGAAGAUACAAUCUCCGCUCGAUUGGAAAAGAGAUCAAUACCAACAACAACUCUUCGAGAGAUGGGUCGGACCUUUCCGAACGAGAUUACGCGUUUAAUAAUAGAAGGGGCAGCGGAAGUGGUGGCGGCGAAGAACGCGGUGGUUCUGCUAAUGCGGAAGAUAACGGGAACAGCGACAAAGCUUUAACCCCAUCGUCUGCUGUGAUUCGGAAGACGUUUGAUUUCGAGGAUUGCGAUGUGGCGUUCGACGAUGAAGACGACGUUUUGUUGUUUACCACCCCGUCGACGGAGAAGAAGAAGAAGACAUUAAAGUCAUCGAGGACGAAGAAGGGAACGAAGAGAGGGAGGACGAAAGCGUCGACGUCUUCCCCUGAUAAAUCGACAAGGAAGCAGAAGCAGAUGAAGAACAACAACAACAAGAAGAAGAAAGACGCGAGCGGGAGCGGGUACGCGACGCCAAUCGCGACGUAUUUUACGAGCGACGAAGGGUCGCGGCACGCCGCGACGACGACGACGACGACAACGCCGGAGGAAGGCGACGAUACGACUGCGCGAAUACGCUGCGGUAAAAACAUGAACGCGAGUUUCGACGCGAAGGCGAAAACGCCUUUGGAAAAUGGAGAAGAGGUUGGCGACGACGGCGGUCGGAGGAGUAGUCCGGUGAGCAUGCGGAAGUGGAUGAGGGAAGCGUUGUUGAACGCGCCGGUUAAAGUUGGGCAGAAGAUGAAGUUUGAUUUAGAUGAGACACCUCCGAAUGAUACGAAUUAUUAUUAUAAGACGAAUAACAACAGGUCGUCCUUCGCGUCGCCGAAGAAGGUCGUCAAUAGCAUAAACAACAAUAACGACAAUAAUAAUAACAACAACAACAACAACAUCAACAAUAACGCGAGUAACAAUAGUAACGCGGUGACGCCGACGGUCGCCAACGGUGGAGGCAUGACGACACCGAGGUUUAAAAACGUGACGCCGAGAGAUAUCUUCUCUUCGUUGCGCACGACGCCGAUUUGA